AUGGGUCUGCACGAAGAUGAGGAUCGCCAGUUCCAGGCUGAGGUUGAAGCCGUCAAGAACUGGUGGAAGGACUCUCGGUGGCGCUACACCAAGCGCCCUUUCACUGCCGAGCAGAUUGUGGCCAAGCGUGGUAACCUGAAGAUCGACUACCCUUCCAAUGUGCAAGCAAAGAAGCUCUGGGGCAUUGUUGAGUCCAACUUCCAGAACAAGCAGGCCAGCUACACCUACGGCUGUCUCGAGCCUACCAUGAUCACCCAGAUGUGCAAGUUCCUCGAUACUAUCUACGUUUCUGGCUGGCAGAGCUCCUCUACUGCUUCGUCCACCGACGAGCCCUCCCCUGAUCUUGCCGAUUACCCCAUGGACACCGUCCCUCGCAAGGUCAACCAGCUUUUCAUGGCACAGCUCUUCCACGACCGCAAACAGCGUGAGGAGCGUGUGACUACCCCCGCCGACCAGCGCGGAAAGGUCGCCAACGUCGACUACCUGCGCCCCAUCAUCGCCGAUGCUGACACCGGUCACGGUGGUCUGACCGCCGUCAUGAAGCUCACCAAGCUCUUCGUCGAGCGUGGUGCUGCCGGUAUCCACAUUGAGGAUCAGGCUCCUGGCACCAAGAAGUGCGGCCACAUGGCCGGCAAGGUCCUUGUUCCCAUCAGCGAGCACAUCAACCGUCUGGUCGCCAUCCGUGCCCAGGCCGAUAUCAUGGGCUCCGACCUCCUGGCCAUUGCCCGGACCGAUUCCGAGGCUGCCACUCUCAUCACCUCCACCAUCGACCACCGCGAUCACGCUUUCAUCGUCGGUUGCACCAACCCCAAGCUCCAGCCUCUCAACGACCUGAUGGUUGCUGCCGAGCAAGCCGGCAAGAACGGUCCCGAGCUCCAGGCCAUCGAGGACCAGUGGACCGCCCAGGCCGGUCUCAAGCUCUUCGACGAAGCCGUCAUUGACGCCAUCAACGCCGGUGCCUCCAGCAACAAGCAGGCCCUCAUCCAGCAGUACCUCACCGCCGCCAAGGGCAAGAACAACACCGAGGCCCGCACCAUCGCCAAGGGUCUCACUGGUGGCGGUACCCAGUGCGCCGUCAACCGCGCCAUCGCCUACGCUCCCUUCGCCGAUCUCAUCUGGAUGGAGUCCAAGCUGCCCGACUACAAGCAGGCCAAGGAGUUCGCAGACGGUGUCCACGCCGUCUGGCCCGAGCAGAAGCUCGCCUACAACCUCUCCCCCUCCUUCAACUGGAAGAAGGCCAUGUCCCGCGACGACCAGGAGACCUACAUCAAGCGUCUCGGCGCUCUCGGCUACGCCUGGCAAUUCAUCACCCUCGCCGGUCUGCACACCACCGCCCUCAUCUCCCACAAGUUUGCCAAGGCCUACUCUCAGAACGGCAUGCGCGCCUACGGCGAGCUCGUUCAGGAGCCCGAGAUGGAGCUCGGUGUCGAUGUCGUCACUCAUCAGAAAUGGUCGGGCGCUAACUACGUUGAUAACAUGUUGAAGAUGGUUUCUGGUGGUGUGAGCAGCACGGCCGCUAUGGGCAAGGGUGUUACUGAGGAUCAGUUCAAGAACUGA